CCCUCGAGUGCGGUUCUAGCUCUCUCACCUAUAAUAUAAUAUUAUCCCAGCUCACGGCGGCCAAUCGUCUAGAAUAAAUCAGCAAAGUGUUAUUUGUUUUGAAAACCCACAGUUCCAAUAGACUUCAAACGCGAGUCACAGAACGACACUCAAAAGCAGCUGUCACUUGAACCCAAUCAACGAACGAAUCAACGAAAUAAUAAAUCAGCCACGAAACCAACUACAAUAACAACGAAAAUAGCUAAAUCUUGCCGAGUGAACAGAUGUUUUGAAAAACCCCCGAAAAUCACAAGAAAUCCUAGAAAGGACUUUAAGCCAGCGAAGUUAUCAAAUCCGCGAUAAGGUGAAGUUUUUUACUGUGCAAAAGAAAGUUAAGGAAAUCAAAACCAUCCAGGACGAGAUACUGCCAAUCGAAGAACUAGCCUACGGUAUACUUUUCGAGAAAGAACAAGGAUCAGGGACCCUGCGCCCGCGUCCGUAAGAUUCGUCCAAUAAACAUGGGCGGCAAUGUGGAGCAGCGUCCUUGGACUCCAACGGUCCGAAUCGGUAGGAUUGCAGCCGAAACUACCAAUCCAGGUCCAGCCACCGUACAGCUUCCGACGUUGAUCGGUAGCAAAGUUCCGGAUUCGAAGAAGAAGGCUGCUCCCUCGUACUCCUUUGGUCACAAAUUGGGCGGAAAGUAUGCCACCUCUGGACCUGGUCCAGCGCAAUACAAUGUGACAGGUAUGAGGGCGAAGGGUCGUGAUUAUCCCCGAGCAGCCACUCUGCAGAGUCGCCCCAAGGAACUGACCCGCUUCUCCAACCCCGGACCCGGCGAGUACGAUGUGGUACCGGCUGCCAAGGCGGUGAUCGAUGCCACACCCAAAUACACCUUUGGCCAACGACCGGCCGCCUUGAAGACCUUCCAGAUUCCAGGUCCCAACCAUUAUCAAGUGGUGCCACUUGAUGUCGUCAAGCGGCGAGCCCCACGAUACUCCUUUCGCAUUAAGGUUAACGUGUACUUUGUUAACAAUCCAGCUCCGAAUAGCUAUUGCCCUGAAAAGGUCACGCAAUCAAAAAAGAAUGCGCCACGCUACACUUUCGGUAGACGAACUAAAAUCGAACACGAUCAGGGCACACCAGCUCCUGGCGCCUAUUGUCCCGAAAAGGUGAAGCUCAACAAGACGCCGGAGUUCAGUUUUGGCAUCAAACACCACGAACAGAGACCAGAUUAUACGCCAGCGCCGGGCACUUAUAAACCCGAGCAGGUUGUCCAAGAACACAAUCCCGCCUACAGCUUCGGCUUGAAAACCAAACACAUUCAGGUCAGCGACACUCCAGCACCCGGCGCCUACAGCCCCGAAAAGUCGCGACUACACUCUACACCCGCUUACUCAAUCGCAGGAAAGGCCUCCCAAGACGUUGUCGAUUGUACUCCUGCCCCCGGAGCAUACGAACCCGAGAAGUGCGUGCUGAGCAGGACGCCUGCCUUCAGCUUUGGCCACCGCGUGGACCUCGCCAAGUCCAGCGACACGCCCGCGCCGGGCACCUACAAUCCCGAGAAGGUGCGGAUGGACCACACGCCCGCCUUCACCCUCUCCGGACGCCCGGAAACGAGGUCCGUCAGCGAGACCCCGGCGCCCGGUUCGUAUGCCCCGGAAAAGUACCGCAACGACCGAACGCCGGCCUUCACCUUCGGCGGUAAGCACGAGCAGCGACUCGAGAGCUCCACUCCGGCACCGGGCGACUACUGCCCCGAAAAAGUCCGGCACGAUCACAAUCCCGCUUUCUCAUUCGCCGGUCGCCACGAAUUGCACAAGACUAGCGACACUCCAGCACCCGGCGCCUAUGAUACGGAGAAAGUCCGGCAGGAUCACAAUCCCGCCUUCACCUUUGCCGGUCGUCAUGAUCUUCAGAAGCCCAGUGAAACUCCUGCCCCAGGUGCCUAUUCCCCCGAGAAAGUUCGUCAAGACCACAAUCCAGCUUUCUCCAUGGCUGGAAAGUAUAUCCAGAAGAUUACAAGCGAAACACCAGCUCCUGGUGACUACUGUCCCGAGAAGGUUAGAUUAGAUCACACUCCCGCCUAUAGUUUUGGGGUGAAGAACGAUCCGAAAGUAGAGAACAACACUCCAGCCCCUGGGGAUUAUCACCCCGAAAAGGUCAGGCAGGAUCAUAAUCCUGCGUAUUCCUUUGCUGGUCGCCACGACCUCCACAAACCCAGUGAGACUCCUGCUCCAGGAGCUUACUCUCCGGAGAAAGUAAGGCAAGAUCACAAUCCUGCUUUCUCGAUGGGUGGAAAGUACGAUCAGAAGAUUCCUAAUGGUACCCCUGCCCCAGGGGACUACAGUCCCGAAAAGGUUAGACUAGAUCACACACCUGCUUAUAGCUUUGGUAGUAAGAACGAUCCGAAGGUGGAAAACAAUACCCCCGCUCCAGGAGACUAUCAUCCUGAGAAGGUAAGGCAGGACCACAAUCCCGCCUUCACCUUUGCUGGUCGGUAUGAUCUUCAAAAACCAAGUGAAACUCCUGCCCCCGGAGCCUAUUCCCCCGAGAAGGUUCGGCAGGAUCACAAUCCUGCCUUUUCAAUGGCUGGCAAACAUAUCGAUAAGAUAACAAAUGGUACACCAGCUCCUGGUGACUACUAUCCUGAAAAAGUUAGAUUAGACCACACACCUGCCUACACUUUUGGUGGCAAAAACGAUCCUAAAAUAGAGAACAAUACACCAGCUCCAGGUGAUUAUCAUCCCGAGAAAGUUAGGCAAGAUCACAAUCCCGCCUUCACCUUUGCUGGUCGGUAUGAUCUUCAAAAUCCUAGUGAUACUCCUGCCCCUGGUGCCUAUUCCCCCGAGAAAGUUCGUCAAGAUCACAAUCCUGCCUUUACAAUGGCUGGCAAACAUAUCGAUAAGAUAACAAAUGGUACACCAGCACCUGGUGACUACAGCCCAGAAAAAGUUCGAUUAGAUCACACACCUGCCUACACUUUUGGUGGCAAAAACGACCCCAAAAUAGAAAACCAUACCCCAGCUCCUGGUGACUAUCAUCCCGAGAAAGUUAGGCAAGAUCACAAUCCCGCCUUCACCUUUGCUGGUCGGUAUGAUCUUCAAAAACCCAGUGAUACUCCUGCCCCUGGUGCCUAUUCCCCCGAGAAGGUUCGUCAAGAUCACAAUCCUGCCUUUACAAUGGGUGGCAAACAUAUCGAUAAGAUAACCAAUGGUACACCAGCUCCUGGUGACUACUAUCCUGAAAAAGUUAGAUUAGACCACACACCUGCCUACACUUUUGGUGGCAAAAACGAUCCCAAAAUUGAAAACCAUACUCCAGCUCCUGGUGACUAUCAUCCUGAGAAAGUUAGGCAAGAUCACACUCCAGCCUUUACUUUCGCUGGCCGUCAUGAUCUUCACAAACCCAGCGAAACUCCCGCUCCAGGGGCCUACUACCCUGAAAAAACUAGACAGGAUCAUAAUCCCGCCUUCUCAAUGGCUGGCAAACACAUCGAAAAGCUUACAAAUGGCACUCCAGCUCCAGGAGAUUACUGCCCAGAGAAGGUUCGCCUCGAUCAUACUCCAGCUUACAGCUUUGGUAGUAAGAACGAUCCGAAGGUGGAGAACAAUACCCCAGCUCCUGGGGACUAUCAUCCAGAAAAGGUUAGACAAGAUCACAACCCCGCCUUCUCCGUCGCCGGACGUCAUGAUCUCCAUAAACCAAGUGAUACCCCCGCCCCUGGUGCCUAUUCCCCCGAGAAAGUUCGCCAAGAUCAUAACCCAGCCUUUUCAAUGGCUGGAAAACAUAUUGAAAAGCUUACAAAUGGAACACCAGCUCCUGGUGACUACUAUCCUGAAAAGGUUAGAUUAGACCACACACCUGCCUACACUUUUGGUGGAAAAAACGAUCCCAAAAUUGAAAACCAUACCCCAGCUCCAGGUGAUUAUCAUCCUGAGAAAGUUAGGCAAGAUCACAUUCCAGCCUUUACUUUCGCUGGCCGUCAUGAUCUUCAAAAACCAAGUGAUACCCCCGCCCCUGGUGCCUAUUCACCCGAGAAAGUUCGCCAAGAUCAUAACCCAGCCUUUUCUAUGGCUGGAAAACAUAUUGAAAAGCUUACAAAUGGAACACCAGCUCCUGGUGACUACUAUCCUGAAAAAGUAAGAUUAGAUCACACACCUGCCUACACUUUUGGUGGCAAAAACGAUCCUAAAAUAGAGAACAAUACACCAGCUCCAGGUGAUUAUCAUCCCGAGAAAGUUAGGCAAGAUCACAUUCCAGCCUUUUCUUUCGCUGGCCGUCAUGAUCUUCACAAACCCAGCGAAACUCCCGCUCCUGGAGCAUAUUCUCCGGAAAAAGUCCGACAAGAUCAUAACCCUGCAUUCUCGAUGGCUGGCAAACAUGAUCCUAAGAUCUCUAAUGAUACUCCUGCCCCUGGUGACUAUAGUCCCGAAAAGUGUCGUCUAGAUCAUACACCCUCCUAUACGUUUGCUGGGAAAAAUGAUCCCAAAAUAGAAAACCAUACCCCAGCUCCUGGUGACUAUCAUCCUGAGAAAGUUAGGCAAGAUCACAAUCCAGCCUUUACUUUCGCUGGCCGUCAUGAUCUUCACAAACCCAGUGACACUCCCGCUCCAGGGGCCUACUAUCCCGAAAAAACUAGACAGGAUCAUAAUCCCGCCUUCUCAAUGACUAGCAGACACAUCGAAAAGCUUACAAAUGGCACUCCAGCUCCUGGAGAUUACUGCCCAGAGAAGGUUCGCUUAGAUCAUACUCCAGCUUAUACCUUUGGUAGUAAGAACGAUCCGAAGGUGGAAAACAAUACCCCAGCUCCUGGGGACUAUCAUCCAGAGAAGGUUAGACAAGAUCACAACCCCGCCUUUUCCUUCGCCGGACGUCAUGAUCUCUAUAAGCCCUGUGAGACUCCCGCUCCGGGAGACUACUCUCCGGAGAAGGUUCGACAAGAUCACAAUCCAGCCUUUACAAUGGCGGGAAAGCAUGAUCCUAGGGUCACCAAUGACACGCCGGCACCUGGGGACUACAGCCCCGAGAAGGUGCGACUGGACCGAGCACCUGCAUUCAGCUUUGGCGGCAAACAUGACCCCAAAACGGAGCACCAUCAUCCUGCGCCAUGCGACUACGCCCCCGAGAGAGUUCGCCACGACCAUACACCCGCCUACACAAUUGCAGGUCGUCCCGCCGCCGAGCACGUGAGCCAGACCCCGGCUCCCUGUGACUACCAUCCGGAGCAGUGCCAGGUGGACAGCACGCCGGCGUUCACCUUUGGCAUGCGACUGGGAAGGGAACGCAUCUCGGACACGCCAGCACCCUCUGCUUAUGAGCCGGAGAAGCACUCACUGCACUCCACACCCGCCUACAGCUUUGGCACCAAGUCGGACAUCCGCGUGACCACCGAUGCCCCAGCCCCCGGUCACUAUCAUCCCGAGCAGUGCAAGCUGGAUAGCUCGCCAGCCUAUAGUUUUGGCCUAAAGACAGUGCCAACUGCUUCGCUUCCAGAACCCAGGGGCGUCUACAUCGAAGAUCGCAUUGUCCAAAGACGCGAACGCCGCCUGGCCAGUCCCGUACGCAACAAUGCGGAAUGCACCACCACAACCACCAACAAUGCUGGUGGCAACAGCACCACAACUACCACCACAACCACCACCACUAGAACCUUUGUCAAUGGAGUGGAGCAGCCGGAGUUGUUGGAAAAACAGACCACCAAGCAGGUGAAUGGCACCCACAAAGAGCUUAAGUCCGCACCACCGGCACCACUGAGCAAUGGCCAUGUGAAGCACUCGAAGAUCGAGGCCUACACGAUGCAGCAGGUGGCCCACGGGCAGCAGGAGAGUGGUGACCUGAAAGUGGUGACCAGUGGUAAGUCGGAUGCCAGUGCCACCAAGGCGGCGGCCGAGAGCCACCAGAGGGUGGUGCGUACAGAUGGGGCCAUCGUGACCAGCGGCCAAUCCUCGAGGAUGCAGACGGUCAAGUACGCUGUGGAGGCCAGCAGCGUGCAGGAGAAGAUUAUCAGCUCCUAACGUCUACAAAAUACCCACCGUCAUGGGCAGCAGCAAGGAGGGCAAGAUUCGCUCGGCUCCGGCGUAUACGAUUACGGGUCGCGAGAAGCCUCCGCUGAUCCCGGUGAUGAUCUUCCCCGGACCCGGAUACUACGAU